ACAACGUUUGGAAUUGUAACACUGAUUACGACGCUAUGGGAUCGCUGAGCAGCAAAAUUUCUCCAUCCAGCGAAAACAUACUGGAUACGAGCAGCGAUUCAAAUCCAGAUCCCCGUUCGCCUACACUCUUCAUCAACAGAAGCCCCAUCAGUCAAGAGCAUGCUGGUGUAUCGCGUGCAUCGAUCACAAAAGUGAAAGAUCUCACAUCGGUACUCGCGGAACCGUCCGCGAACGUUCUCCAGACGCCGUGCAAUCUGUUGCCGAAGCGUUUCCAAUCCAUCGUUGAUCCACGUUCGCCCAGCACCUUUAACAGAACUCCGCUAGUCGUGCAACCGGAAGAGAUUUCCGAUUGCUCUUUGACCAAUGUGGUAUCAUCGCUACAGUACGAUGAAAGCACCAUCAAUGCACCGGACGUGGAGGAACAUCUGGAUGCAUCGUUCAAAGAUUGUAACACUCAGCUGCCGGAUUUAUGCAAUCUUCAAAUCGAGUACGAUGAAACGGCACCGAUCAUUGAUGCACCAAACGCGAAAGAGAUGACCAUAUUCGAGGACGCCGAAGUUAUACCCUUCACAGGUAACGAUCCCCGUUCCCCUUCGAUUGCUAUUGCCCGAACGCCAAUGGUAUUGGUUAAGCAUGACGAUGGUGAUGAGGAGCAAAAGGCAACGAAACAAAACAACGCACUGCAGGUAGCGGAUUUGCAAGCACUCGAAGGCGACGCCAAAGCGAAGGUUGAAAAGCAACAGCGCACCCCACAGCAGGACAACUCGGGUCGGGGUGAGCAAACACCGAAAAAGGAUAAGUUGACACCAGCGGCUCUAAGGGCGGGCAAUCGUACACCGUUGGGAUGCAUGACCAACAUCGGUACGGUAUCGAACAACAUACGAAAGCUGGCAUUGGCUGGACAGAUCAAGCAGAGCAUUAUUGUUGCGGACGAGCAAAAGUUGCUACCCCGCAGCAAUGAAAUCGCGAACAGUGCGGAAAAACAAAUCAAUCGUUCGCGCAUUCCUAAGCUAAGAAUGUCGUAAAGGAGAGCAUUUCGUCAAUAUUUUUAAU